CUCUUGGGGGUGGGGAGGAAAGGGGGGCCGCAACUUUCCCCCCUCCCCCCUCCUAGUGCCUGUUGGAAGCGAAUUGAGCAAUUAUCUAGUUUACCUUCUCCUCUUGGAAGUUAACGAUUGGUGGGAUCGUGGCUGCUGCUAUUGACCCGACGCUUUCCAUUGAGAGAGAGAAGAAGACGAGAGGAGGAGGAAAGCGAUCGUCCGCCGUCCACGGAGCGCACAGACGGCGAUGGGCCGGCAUGAGUCCGCCAGGCUGGGCACGGCGGCUCCGCGGGCGGCAGUCGAGCUGGUGUGGAGGAUGCUAGCGGCGGGGGCACUCGGAAUGGCGGGGGCGGCGGCUGGAGCCUCUCGGUCGGGGCUGGAGGAUCGGGCAGCCGCCGGGAUGGCAGGAUCCCUCCUUGCAGCUCAGUGACCGGGCGCACCAGGGGUCGAUCCCGCCCGAGAAGCGCAGUCCGAGCCCGCCGGGCCAGCCAUGGACAAUAGCGGGCAGCAACCGCAGCAGCAGCAGCACCCCCCGACGGUUGCCAAGGGCCUGAGCGCGCCGGCUCGGGGCAACAUGCUGAGCGCUUCCAAGCCGUUGGCCUUCUCCAUCGAGAGGAUCAUGGCCAGGACGGCCCCGGAGCCCAAGACCCUGCCGCUGCUGCCCCACUUCUUGCAGGGCGGGGGGCCCAAGGGCGGCGGCGGCGGCGAGGCGGUCAAGCAGCCGCCGCCGCUCAGCCUGGGGGCCUCCAUCCCCUGCAUGAUCCCCUUCGUGCCGCUGGCCUACGAGCCCUUAGCCAAGGCGGGCUCGGAGGCCAGGAAGCCCCUCCUGGACCCGCCUUCCUCCUCCUCCUCCUCUUCCUCCUCCUCCGCCUCCCUGGGCUGCGCGCUGAGCCUCAAGCCUCCGGCCGAGCUGAGCCCCCUGCAGCACCACUACAAGCUGGUGCGGCCCCGCGUGGUCAACCACUCCUCCUUCCACGCCCUGGGCGCCCUGGGCUACUUCAGCCGCGCCGCCGACCCGCCGCCGCCGUCCAGCCUGGGCCUGCACCCGGUGGCCUCCUAUUUCCUGGGCUCGCCGCUCUCCGGCCCGGCGCCCGCCUUGCAAACCCCGACAGCGCCCAAGGCCUACCUGGCCGAGAGGAACAAGCUGCAAGCGCUGCAGCCCGGCCCGGACAAGUACCCGCCGGCCGCCUUCAAGGACUUGGCCGCCGCCCAGCCCCACAGCGCCGCCGCCGCAGCCGCCGCCGCCGCCGCUCACCUCCUGGCCGCCGACAAGCUGCCCUUCAAGGGCGUCGCGGCCGACUUCAGCCGCGGCUCGCCCAGCACCAAGCCCAAAGUCUUCACGUGCGAAGUCUGCGGCAAGGUCUUCAACGCGCACUACAACCUCACCCGCCACAUGCCGGUGCACACGGGCGCCCGGCCCUUUGUCUGCAAGGUCUGCGGCAAGGGCUUCCGCCAGGCCAGCACCCUCUGCCGGCACAAGAUCAUCCACACCCAGGAGAAGCCCCACAAGUGCAACCAGUGCGGAAAAGCCUUCAACAGGAGCUCGACCUUAAACACGCACACGCGGAUCCACGCCGGCUACAAGCCCUUCGUCUGCGAGUUCUGCGGGAAAGGCUUCCACCAGAAAGGCAACUACAAGAACCACAAGCUGACGCACAGCGGCGAGAAGCAGUUCAAGUGCAAUAUCUGCAACAAGGCCUUCCACCAGGUGUACAACCUGACCUUCCACAUGCACACCCACAACGACAAGAAGCCCUUCACCUGCCCCACCUGCGGCAAAGGCUUCUGCAGGAACUUUGACCUCAAGAAACACGUCCGCAAACUGCACGACACCGCCGGCGGCGGAGCCCCUUUGGGGCUGCCUCGAACCCCGGGCGAGCCGGAGCCUCCGCCGCUGCUCCACCACCCUUGAGCCGCCCCGACGCCGCUCCUUCUGCAUGCGCUUCCGAAGCGGCUGC